AUGGCCUACCCCCACCUCGUGGCUCUGGGUCUGUCUCUGCUUGUGCUGCUCAGCCUGGGCUUGAUCACGCUCUCCAACUACCAGAUGACGGUGCGAGCUAUUGAGGCCAGCAGGAGCACCACCACCACUACAACGACCACCACUACCGCCGCCACCACCACCACGGUGUCGUCCCUGACUGUGGCUACGUGUAACACUGCUAACCUGGACAACAGCCAGGGCAACCUGCUGCUGACCUUCAGCCAGACGGGCGCCGCCGGCACACUGACCGUCACCGGGACAGCGUUCGGCAGCGCAGCACUGCUGCUCGUCAAUGACCGGCCGACCCUCUCCGUGUCCACGGGCAGCACGUGCCCGGCGUCAGCCCCCUUCGCCCCGCCCUCGCCGGCCGUCAACCUACCGGCACUCACCACCGCCGGCGUGCUCCGCAUCCCCAGCCAAUCAGUGGCCGGCUUCACACUGACCUCGGGCGGCGCCCCCUCUCGCACCAUCGUCAGUGGCGACGCCGAGCCGCUGCUGCUCGGGUCGGCCAUCGCGCUGUACAGGGACGGCGUUCUGAUGACCAACGCCUGCUGCGAGGUCACGGCGGGACUCUGA